AUGCAUCUGCGGCCUACACUGCCCUUGGUUCCAGGAGUAUUAUUCCUCUACGCCAUAUCCGCAAUAGCAACGCAGGUAGAUCUCUCACAGUAUGUGAAUCCGCUGAUCGGCUCGGAAGGCCCUGAUCCUGGAACAGCUUUCGGAGGAGGCGAUAUAUUCGUGGGGGGUGCACUACCAUUCGGUGUGGUCAAGGUUGGAAUUGACUCGACUGCUGCAAAUUGGAGCACUGCCACUCUGAAUGGCGGAUGGACCCCCGAUGGGAAUGUCACGGGUAUAAGUAUGAUGCAUGAGAGUGGAACUGGUGGAGCGCCAAAGUAUGGGCUAGUCUCACAGAUGCCGCUGACGUCUGUGGAUUCACCGGUCAACGUGCUUGAUAAUUUGACUUACAGUCAGCCGAGGGUGGGUGAAGAUACUGCCAAAGUGGGCUAUUUCAAGACUCAUUUGGAGAAUGGAAUCACGGUAGAAUUGUCGGCGUCGCGCCAUGCUGGCAUCAUGGAAUAUUCUUUUCCUGAUGGGGAGAAAUAUAUCCUUGUAGAUGUUUCCCAUUAUUUACCCGGUAACCCUGGAAAGGCAAAUGGCCAAUUCUUUGCUGGAGGUGAGAUUCAGAUGGAAGCCGAUGGCAAGGCAUACAGUGGGUAUGGGACGUAUGUUGGAGGUUGGAAUAACGGUGCUCCAUUCACUGUCUACUUCUACGGAGAAUUCUCCAAGUCCCCAGACAAUUCCCAGACAUUCUCUGGCGCGAACACAGAUCAUAUGCCACGCUAUCAGAAUCUAGCCAACGGCGGGAUAAGUGAGCCAACAUACAAAAACACAUCCAGCAAAGUAACAUCCGGACCAAUGAACAACCGGAUCGGAUUGCUGUUGAGCUGGAACCAUGGCCCUGCCUCACAUAUCAGCUCGCGCGUCGGUAUCUCGUUCAUAUCCACUGACCGGGCCCGCUCAUAUAUACAAACAGAAAUUCCCUCGUGGAAUCUGGGCGACACAGUAGCCGCUGCUGUGAAGGAGUGGAAUAAAGAUGUUUUCAAUAAGAUUCAAGUGCCACUGGAUGACUCUGCCAACUUGACUCAUGUUAGGUUGUUGUACAGCUCUUUGUAUUUCAUCCAUUUGAUGCCUUCCGACCGAGCAGAGGAGAACCCUUUGUGGGAAUCGGCGGAGCCUUACUGGGAUGACUUUUACACAAUGUGGGACAUCUUCCGCUGUACGGUCAGCUUCUACCAUAUUUUCCAGCCCGAAUACUACGAGUCAAUGAUACGAGCCUUGAUUGAUAUCUGGAAACACUCGGGAUACUUGCCAGAAGGGCGUUCGGGAAACUGGAACGGGCUAGUCCAAGGCGGCUCUGAUGCAGACAACGUGCUAGCAGAUGCCUAUGUCAAAGGCUUAAGGGGCGCAAUCAACUGGACAGAGGGCUAUGAAGCCAUGAAAAAGGACGCGGAAGUAACGCCGUACAAUACAUUUGACCCAACAGACUUUACAGCAAGCACGAAAGAAGGCCGUGGUGCGCUCAAUGAUUGGAAGGAACUUGGAUACGUGUCACAAGAUCGGAACACGCGCUGCAUAUCACGCACAGUUGAAUACAGCCUCAAUGAUUUUGCAGUCAGUCAGGUCGCCGCUGGAGAAAUGCCCAGUGACCAGGAGAAGUAUCUCAACCGAUCAGCCGGAUGGCAAAAUAUCUGGAAUCCAGAUGUGAAGAGCUUAGACUUCACUGGAUUUCUGGCACCUCGCUUCUCCAAUGGGUCUUUCAAUAACAGCGGAUAUGAUCCGCUCUACUGCUAUAAGUGUGAGUGGCAGGAUUAUACUUAUGAGGGUACUCCAUGGGAAUACUCUUUCGUCAUUCCCCACGAUGUGAAGACUCUCAUAAAAUUUAUGGGAGGACCCAAGACCUUCGAAUCACGACUGGACCUGAUGUUUAAACCAAACAUGUCUGUUCAAAGCCUUGGUGUAAAUGGCGCCGGCAUUGACACAUUGAUGAAUAUUGGCAACGAACCCGAUUUCGCUACGCCAUAUCUUUACAACUACAUCAAUAAUCAAGCCAAGAGUGUUUACCAGUCACGUAGCCUGGCUACCCAAUAUUUCAAGGAUGCUGCCUACGGAAUCCCUGGAAACAGCGAUGCUGGCGCUAUGAACUCCUGGCUCCUAUGGCAAAUGCUCGGGAUCUAUCCGAUUGUCACGCAGCCUGUAUAUCUUCUCUCAUCACCGUGGUUCCCAGAUCUCAACAUGACGAUCAAUGGAAAUAAGACGCUGCGCAUCUCCGCAUCUGGUCUAGAGAAAGGGUACUAUGUCCAGAGUGUUAAGAUAAAUGACGAGCCAUGGAAAAAGAACUGGUUCAAACACGAUGAUGUUAUGACGAAUGGCGGCACGAUUGAAUUUGAGCUUGGGGAUAAUGCGAAGGCAUGGGAGACCGGGGAGGUUCCGCCUUCUCCUGGACAUGUCCGAUUUGAUAAUGAUUAUUAG